CGGCGGGUUUCGGAAAGUCCAGUAACUGGUCUUCCUGCGAGUGACGUAAUAGAAGGGGGGCAGGGUAAUCAUACAAACUGCCCUAAAGUGAGCUUGGAUACUGUAACAAGCUAUACAUCAUGACCAACCCUAUUUUGCUGCAUGCUUUGAUUUCGGACUACUCGUGCAAAUCCAUAUCGCGGCAGUGAAGCUGUACUUGAGUGCUCCCAUGUUUUGAUCUUUCUCUGCAUGGAUCAUCUGUGGACUACUGUUUAUUCAGCAAAGCCAGGAAAUUUGUCUUCAAAUUCAAAACAACUCUUUUAUUGAGAAUACGUACCGAAGAAAAAAUAAACUUGGAAAGAAGUGUUGCGCCAUUAUAAAAAUUAACAAAAAGUUGGUGCUAAUUUCGAACUGAAGUUAAUGGAUAUUUGGAUACCGUGUUCAACCAAUUGAAAAAUUUCAAUCUUAAAUUCAAUUUUCUAAAAUUGAAUGUUAGCAGAAUCUUUUUAAACAUUGGUUUUAUUUAUUUAUAUAUUUGACUACUUAGAAUUUAUUUUCAUGAAAAAUAUCCGAAGGAUUGCAAUUCUGAGAGGAAUCUCAAAAGAACGUUAGUAUUUUGUAAAGGCAAUUUUGGAGGAAAAGGUACAAUCGAUAAAUUAAACAAAAUAGAACUCCAGCGAAUUUCUGAAACUUGUUUCAAUUUAAAGGACAACAAAGCUGAAUGCUAUUCAAAAGCACUCACGUGUAAAAAUAUUUACAGGAAAUUCUUUUCGUGGAAACAUAGUAUUCAAAUAUUUCAUGGAGAAAACAGCUUGUUAUACGAAAAAGAAAAUAUUUGUUGCUGAAAAUUCGAUUUCUUUUUAAAGCAUGAUUUAUUUGAAAGCUUUAACAUAAUUAACUUUAACGGAACUUUGAUCAUUUAACACGGCAAGCAAAUAUAAUUUGAAUUUGGAAGCAAGUUACUUUGUUCGAAUACUACUCUGAAUUAGGUUAACUUAAGGCAGUUGAUUGAGAAAAGGAGAAGAAAAGAAAAACAUUGUAAUUGGCAUCGAUUUAAUGAAAACCUAAUUAACGGACAUGACAGUGACCAUGUCUGCAGACAAAAAUACUACUUCAGGCGAAGAACCCACAGAGUUGGCAGAGCAGCCGACUGACUUGAGAACAAGGAAAAAAGAGGAUAUCGAUGAAGAUGAAGUCGAUGAUAUCGAUGUUACAAGCACAGAUGUCCAUCCAGCUCCAUCUUUUUUAAUUCGCAAUCUUAUUGAUAAUAGCACCAACAAAGAUGAGAACAAUACUCCAUCCUACAGGGCAUUCCAUCCUCUCCUGCAUCCACCUCUACAUGCAUUUCAUCCUCAUCAUCCUCUUCAUCCUUUGCAUCGGCUAGAGGACAUUCAUCACCCAUCUCUGCAUCACGGUCUCAUCCCCAAAAACCAUCUUUACCCCCACCAUUCAGAGACUGGAAGUGAUUUGGAUGAAUCUGAUAAAGCAUCUCGGAUGUCCCCCGGAGGGGAAAGGGACAAUUCCAUCGCGUCUGGUGACGAAGAAAGAUCCAGGUUCAAAGAAGAUGAAGACGACGACGAGGACCAUGACGAUGUCACCUCAUCCAAAGAUAGUCAACAUGCUGCUGAUUCUGACGCAGAAAAUAAUUCCGUUCAACACACAGGCAGUGAGAGGUAUGACGGUAGACCGCAAAGAGAAGACAGUCCAUCCUUGAAAAACAAAAAACCCAGGAAAGCACGGACGGCUUUCACGGACCAUCAACUCAGAACACUAGAGAAAAGCUUCGAGAGACAGAAAUAUUUGAGUGUUCAAGAUAGAAUGGAAUUGGCAGCCAAACUGAACUUAACAGAUACUCAAGUCAAGACGUGGUACCAAAAUCGAAGAACGAAGUGGAAGCGGCAGGCCAUGAUAGGUUUCGAAGUAUUCCCUCCAGAUAGUGCAACGUUAGCUCGAUUUCCACGACUUUGGGGACCGGCACCUUCUCCAUACUGGCCUUACAGCUAUAGUAGCUAUUUGUCAACUAUUUCUUCAUUAUCAGGGCUUGCUGGACCCCAUAUUGGAGCUCCUACAUCAUCUCAAACCAUGCCAGCCUUGGACAUUUACCAAAGACAAACACCUCCUGUCACGACCUCUGUCGGGAGACCGGUUCUUCCCAGAGCAGUGUAUCCAUCCCCUACGAGUUACCCUUCUCUGCAGCCGUAUUAUCAAGGGCAAGCAACGCAGUGACACGAGCAGUUGCAAGUUCAAUGAUGCCAUGCUUCCCGAAGUAAUUUCAGUGUAAAAAUUAAUUCAAAUUAAGAGACAUGUUGCUAAAUUAUGGUGCGUAAGGUUUUGACUUACAUUCAUGAAUUCCACGUUGGAAAGAGAUUAAAAGAACACUACUAAAACGAACCUUAUUAUCUAAUUUUGAUAUGCCUGCUUUACUGUUCUUUUAACCAAGUGUCAAUGUUAUUUUUCAUUUGACAGUCUACAGAAAAAUUAAAUGUUGCAUAUCUAAUGAAGUUCAUGCUAUUGUCCUUCUAUGAAGGACAACAUAUAACGCGGAAUAACGCAAAAUUUCGCAUAAUCAUUUAAAAUGAAAAGAACUUGAAUAUGACGAUGUAAGAUGCUUCACAGCGAGCUCAAAAAAUGCUUUUGCAAUGUUGGAUGGAUUGUGAUGAAUGCAACUGAAGUAUUUCUCUAGUCGGAGGGAAUCAGUUGUGAAAUCCCUAAAUUAGACAUGCUGCGCAUAAAAAUGCGUUAGUUUCAAUGCAAGUUAUAAUUUCUGAGGUAUUCUAAACAUACUGAUUGAAAUGUAUGGAUACGUAGCUAUUAAAGAAGCAUAUAUAUCAUAUUUUACUUGUUUUCUUAACUUAUUGCUUUGCUGUUACAAUUGAAAUAAGUUCUUGUGCGCUUUUAAAUGCAUCUUUACGAUAUUUCAAAAAAGGCAUUUUUUCUCCCGUUUAGUAGAAUAAUUAAAUAUAUUUGCAAUAAAAAGACUGCUCCACUAUUCAAUCAAAUUAUGCGAUAUGUGCACAAGAAAUGAUCUCAUCCAAUAUACUUUAAUUCAGUUUUCAUGCUUAAUAUAAAUUAAACUUACAUUAAUUCCAUCCAUUCUUGGGGACGUAGUUUGAGAAGAAAUUACAAUUUUCAAACAAAGAUUAUGUAUAAUGCAUGAUUCGAGUAAUCAGGCAUGCAUACAGUGGAAGAAACUAUUACCAAAUUACUUCGUCAAAGUGAAGAUAAUUAUCAAAUGUAUUAAAAUGCCUGCAGAGUGAUGAAACAUUUUAGCAGCUGAGCAUUUGAAAACGGACCAUAAUAUAUUCAUCCUGAUUGAAAAAAUAGAAGAUAAAAUGCUAUUACUAUGUGUGAUUUUAGACGUUAAACAAACCGUCCAGAUGAUUUUCGGGUACGAAUAAUUUUAAAUAUUUGUUGUAUCGUUCUUUCAAAUUGAAUAAAUCGUAUUUGUGUGCA